AUGGCGGUCAGCCCCGUCCUCGUGUGCCUUCUCUCCCUGGUGCGCUGCGGCUGGUCCCACCCGUCCCCCCCGCCCCCCCGGGGCUGCGGCGCGGGCGUGGAGGCCCCCUACCGGGUGCUGUGCGACCUGGAGGCGGCCUGGGGCGUGGUCCUGGAGGCCGUGGCCUGCACGGGGGGCCUGGCCUCGCUGGUCCUGGCCGGGCUGCUGGUGGCCCGGCUCCGGCUGGUUUCGGACCCCGCCCGGCGCUCCGGUUUGGGCCCCCUUCUGCUCCUGCUGGGCACGCUGCUGGGCAUCUUCGGCAUCUCGCUGGCCUUCCUGGUGGGGAGGAGCCAGGUGCUGUGCGUGGUGCGGCGGGCCUUCUGGGGGCCGCUCUUCGCCCUGUGCUUCUCCAGCCUGCUGGUGCAGGGCCUGAGGCUCCGCAGGCUGGCGGCCGGCAGGAGCAGCCCCCCGGGCAGCACCCUGGCCGCCCUGGGCCUGGCCCUGGCCCUGGUCCAGGGGAUCAUCUCGGCCGAGUGGGUCCUGCUGACCGUGGUCAGGGAGGGCCACCCGGCCUGCGAGUACCCGCCGCUGGACUUCGCCCUGACCUGCAGCUACACCCUGGGCCUGCUGCUCAUCGCCAUGGGCCUCUCCCUGGGGGUGGUGCUGUGCGGGGGGGACCUGGGGGGGGGGGGCGGGGGCGGGGGGGGGGGGGGGGGCGGGGAAGGGGGGGCGGGGGGGGGGCAGAAGGUGCUGGACGAGCCGGCCCUGGCCGUGGCCCUGGUCAUCCAGGGCUGGAUACUGCUGCUGUUCCACGCCAUCCCGGAGGCGCACCUGUGCCUGAGGGACGCCUCGGAGUCCGGAGCGCAGGACUUCUUCGACAGCGGUCACUCUUCCUCCGCGCCGCGUUACGGGGAGGAGCUCCAGACUCACUCCCACCAGCCGUUCCAGGAAAACCAGGCUUUCUCAAUGGAGGAGCACAGCGCAAGUAGGCCUACGUCAGCCAGACGCGCAGAUGAAGAGCUAAUGUUUGAUGAUACAGGACAAGCAAAGAGCGGAGACACUCUGAGAACUGGGACGUACCACAGCAGCCAGGGGACGGUCCGGCCCGGUAUUGCCUUCAGGGGCCACGUUUACCAGCCCACCGAGAUGGCUCUGGUCAUGAACGGGGGUUCGGAUAAUCCAGACAUCCAUCACCACAGAGAGACCAAUGACUACAAAUAUGGAGGGAAACAGUGA